GCGCGGGCCACGGUGAGCGAGCGAGGACAGGCUGGUGUGGAGCGGCUCGGCUCAGCGAAGAGGAGCGCUAUUAACAACUCAGGUUAACUUAGUGUCGCGCAGACUUCAGCUUGCCGGUGAUAUCAGGCCCUGAAAAGAACCAUGCGAGCUCUACUGGGUGUGUUGGUGUGUUCUUUCACUGUCCUCUCUGUCCAUGGGAUGUACUCUGCCAGUGAUGAUGUGAUUGAGCUCAAUCCCUCGAACUUCAACAGGGAGGUCCUGCAGAGUGACAGUCUGUGGCUUGUGGAGUUUUACGCCCCCUGGUGUGGACACUGCCAGAACUUGGUCCCAGAUUGGAAGAAAGCAGCCACAGCAUUGAAGGGAAUUGUUAAGGUUGGUGCUGUUGAUGCAGAUCAGCACAAGUCACUGGGAGGCCAGUAUGGGGUUCGUGGAUUCCCGACCAUCAAGAUCUUUGGGGCCAACAAACAUAAGCCAGAGGAAUUUCAAGGUGGACGCAGCAGUCAGGCUAUCGUAGAUGCAGCGCUGAAUUCUCUGCGUUCUAUAGUCAAAGACAGACUAAGUGGAAAGACUGGAGGCUCAGACCACAGUAGACAGAGUUCUGGUGGCAGCAGUGGUGGUAAUAAGAAUGAUGUCAUUGAGCUGACUGAUGAUAACUUUGACCAGAUGGUUUUGAACAGUGAUGAUGUUUGGUUGGUAGAGUUUUUUGCACCAUGGUGUGGACAUUGCAAGAACCUGGAACCUGAAUGGACAGCUGCUGCUUCUCAGGUCAAAGAACAAACCAAUGGCAGAGUGAAGCUGGGAACUGUAGAUGCUACUGUUCACCAGGGCCUGGCAAGCCGCUAUGGGAUCAGGGGAUUCCCUACCAUAAAGAUUUUCCGUAAAGGAGAGGAGCCAGAAGACUACCAGGGUGGACGCACUCGCUCAGACCUUGUUGCCCGUGCCUUGGACCUUUACUCAGACAACGCACCUCCUCCCGAACUGCUGGAGAUUCUGAAUCAGGACAUCUUGAAGAAAACUUGUGAGGACCAUCAGCUUUGUGUGAUUGCUGUGUUGCCUCAUAUUCUUGACACGGGUGCAGCAGGUAGAAAUGGUUAUCUGGAAGUGAUGAUGAAGAUGGCUGAGAAAUACAAAAAAAAGAUGUGGGGCUGGCUGUGGACCGAAGCUGGAGCUCAGAUGGAGCUGGAGUCCUCUCUGGGGAUAGGUGGUUUUGGCUACCCUGCCAUGGCAGCUAUUAACUCUCGCAAGAUGAAGUUUGCUCUUCUGAAGGGCUCGUUCAGUGAGACAGGAAUCCAUGAAUUCCUAAGGGAUCUCUCUGUGGGACGUGGCUCGACUUCCACAGUAGGAGGUGGAGCUUUGCCAAAGAUCCACACUGUUGAAGCCUGGGAUGGGAAGGAUGGAGUUCUUCCUGUGGAGGAUGACAUUGACCUGAGCGAUGUGGAUCUGGAUGAUCUGGAGAAGGAUGAAUUAUGAGUUCGUUGGCUGGGAGAGCUGAUCUAGUUUGGUGUCAAGACCGCACAGAUUCAGCCCAUAACCCACCUCUCCUCUCCUGUGGAUGAGGGGAAAACCAGGACAUUAAGUUACUGUACACUCUUGAAACGAAGACUCGUGUUGCUUUUAACUACUCUUCACUAAUUUGAAAUGAGGGGAUCAGGGAUUAAAUCAUGGUUGAACUCAA